AUGCGUGUUGAUCAUAUACUGCAGCUGCAUAUGCACCAAACGGCUGUGCCAUCACUAAAUCCUAUUUCAGCCAAUCACAGCGCGUUUCUGAGACCUGAGCUCCAAUUAAGCUCGGGUUCUGGCGCUGGUUCCUGCACACGCACCUGCGAUUUGCAUUCUAUUGAUCCAAUGGGGCAUUAA